AUGCUUUACACCAAGCCACUCAGUGCUGCCAUUCUUGGGUGUGUAUUACACGUUUUGGUCUUCGUCCGCGGCGAAUACCAUACGCACACUCCUAAGAUGCUCAGAGGCUAUGUGGUAUUUAUCUUCGCCGUAUUUCUCAUUGAGCGCGAAUACUCUACUUCUACUUCUUACGCAUGGAAUGCCAUAUUAUCCACGGCUUCCCAUCUGCUUGGUCUCUUUGGGAGCAUAACAAUGUACCGAAUAUGCUUCCACCCUUUGAGAGCCUUUCCCGGACCUCGCUCCUUGAAGGUCUCCAAGCUCUUCCACGUAUCAAGGGUCUUGAAUGGCCAGAACCACGUCUUUCUCGAGAAAAUACGCAGAGAGUAUGGGAGCUUCGUGCGCACUGGACCAUCGGAGGUCACGGUAUACGAUCCAGCAAUUUUUCAUGCCAUAAGUGGUCCGGGAACGACAUGUAUCAAGUCAGCUUGGUAUGAUAUGCUCCACCCCUUAGUCGCUAUCAAUUCUAUCCGCGAAAAGGAUGGCUAUGCUUCGCGCCGAAGAAUGUGGGAUCAGUCAUUCAAAGUGAUAGCCCUGAAACGAGAUGGACCGACUAUCCUGACAUAUGCGAAUAAGCUACUCAAGCAUAUCGAGACCACCCUUGGAGAGCCCAUUAUCAUCAACGAAUGGCUUUCGCGGUUCAGCUACGCAGUUAUGAGCGACUUAGCCUUUGCAAGACCAUACGGAAGCUUGGAUGAUGAGCAGUUGGAUCGGAAUGUGGCAAUGAUCCACAGAGGCACGGAGGUGCUGGGUGUCGUAUCUCCGGCACCGUGGCUCGCUCAGCUCCUCUUCAGUAUUCCUGGAGUAACGUACCGUUGGAACCGCAUGCUGAAGUGGGCGAGUGACAACAUGAAAGAGCGUAUUCAUAUUUCCUCCUGGCUGAUAGAGGCCGCGCAGAGCAAUGAUGGACUCGUGGACACUAACGGUCUAUAUGGGGAUGCGCUCGCCGUAGCCAUCGCGGGAAGUCACUCAACGGCGGCGACCCUGACCUUCCUGCUCUACGAGCUAUCGCGAAAUGCGGGCACUCAACACAAACUGCGUUUGGAACUUUCAAAGAUUGCGCAGCCUCUUGAUGUAGACGCAUUGACCGACCUCCCAAACCUCAAUGCUUGCAUUGAUGAAACGCUCCGUCUCUAUCCAAUACUCCUCACCGCAGGCGCGAGGCAAACAAAAGAGACGGGCAUCACAAUUUCUGGGCGAUACAUUCCACCAUGGACAACGAUCAUCGCGCCUAGAUACUCCAUCGGUAGAUUGGAAGCUUGCUUCGAGCGAGCCAGUGAGUUUAUACCGGAACGAUGGACUGAGAAGCCUGAGAUGGUGAAGAAUAGCCGUGCUCAUAAUCCUUUCAGUAUCGGCCGCCAUACGUGCCCUGGCCGAUACUUGGGCUUGACGGAAGUUCGAAUUGUAGUAGCUUUGUUACUCUCGAGAUUCGAAGUCACUCUUGCGCCCGCCAAGCGAAACGAGACGGAAGUCGUUGAUGGCAUGAAAGAUAACUUUACAGUUCAUCCGGGACAGCUGAAGCUUAUUUUUCGGCCUCUUUGA